AUGGAGGAGUUUUUGAACCUCAAGCAGGGGGGGAUAUCUGUUAAAGAAUAUGCCUUGAAGUUUAACCAACUUCGAGCGAUAGGCAUCAUCAUGGUUAUGAUAAUUUCCUGGCAAAUGGUGCCUAAUCUCAGGCAAGUGGAGGUUGCUACAAGGGCGAAUAAGAUUCCUGUAGCUUCAUCUUCUGCUCCUACACCUAGCAGUGUUGCAUCUACCUCUGUUACUACUCUUGGUUCUAGUAUUGGUCAGAACAACUUGUGUUUUAUGGAGAGCAUUUCAUCGAUAGCUGCUCCUUUGACAAAGUUUACACAGAAGAAAGUUAUGUUUUUGUGGUUGCAUGUGUGUGAAGGGAGCUUUGAGAAGUUGAAGAAUAAGUUGACUUCGGAUCCAGUUUUUACUUUGCCGGUAGGCAGUGAUGGUUUCGUCCUUUAUUGUGAUAAAUCUCAGGCUAGUCUUGGUUGCAUGUUAAUGCAGCAUAGGAAGAUAUGGCAGCAUUAUUUGGAUGGGGUCCCCAUGGAUAUAUUUUCUGAUCACCUGACUUUUUCAUAUGUAUUCUUGCAAAAAGAGCUUAAUAUCAGGCAGAGGAGAUAG